GGCUGGGCUCUGCAGGCUGCAGCGCGCGCGAGACCCGGGAGGCGGCGGCCGUAGCUGGCUGAGUGACCAUGGAGCUGUAUUUUGGUGAGUACCAGCAUGUGCAGCAGGAAUACGGCGUCCACCUGAGGCUAGCAAAUGAUGACACCAAGAAGUCAAGGAAUUCCCAGCACUCGAAGGCAGGCUCCUAUGGCGUCAGUAUUAGGGUCCAGGGCAUUGACGGCCACCCCUACAUAGUCCUGAAUAACACGGAGCGCUGUCUAGCCGGCACACCUUUUCCGGAAAAUGGAUCGUCGUUUCCCUCGCCAGUGAUCAAUAACCUACCUUUGUAUUCCAGCAAUGGGUCUGUGUUGAAGGUGAAUAGUCCAGAAGAACUGCACCUCCCAGAAAACCCGUACGCUCAGCCCAGCUCCGUGAGGAACCUGAAACAGCACACUGCCCAUGAGGGCAAGAAUGGAGUUCUAGAGCGUAGAGACAACGGGCCAGUGAAACCACCCCACGGGCUGAAUUUUCAGAGGCACCCAGAACUCUUGCAGCCCUACGACCCUGAAAAGAAUGAGCUGAACCUGGAAAAGCAGCGCUCCCCUGAGAGUAGCUGGCUCCAAAGUUUCAGGGAAGAAGGGACCGACAUUAAGAAGCCUUGGACUUGCCUUGCCAAACCCAGCUCUUCCCAGCCCACCAGCCCUCCCUCAGAGGAUCUGUCCAAGUCCAACGUGACCGCUAUUCGUCUCUGCAGCUCCGUGGUCAUAGAAGACCCCAAAAAGCAGACCUCAGUAUGUGUGAAUGUGCAGAGCUGUACCAAGGAGGGAGGAGGAGAGGAGGCCCCUUCCCCUAGACAGAGAUCUCCUGUGGUCCCCAGCCCACAUGUCCACCCUGAAACCAAGAAACCCAGGCCGGAUGUCCUUCCCUUCAGGAGACAGGAUUCAGCGGGCCCUGUCUUGGAUGGAGCUCGGUCGCGGCGGUCAUCUUCAUCCUCGACCACUCCCACGUCAGCCAACUCCUUGUACAGAUUCUUACUGGACGACCAGGAGUUGGCCAUCCAGGCCGACAGUGUCAAUCGUCAUGAAAACAGAAGGUAUAUUCCUUUCUUGCCAGGAACUGGACGGGAUAUCGAUACAGGUUCGAUUCCUGGUGUGGAUGAAUUGAUUGAAAAGUUUGAUCGGAAGCCUGGGCUUCAGAGAAGAGGGAGGUCUGGGAAGAGAAACAGAAUCAACCCAGAUGACAGGAAAAGGUCUCGGAGCGUGGACAGUGCCUUUCCUUUUGGCCUCCAGGGGAACUCGGAGUACUUCACGGAGUUCAGCCGAAACCUGGGCAAGUCCACCGAGCAUCUUCUGCGGCCAUCCCAGGUCUGCCCACAGAGGACACUGCCCCAGGAGCACCGCAGCAAACAGAAUUCAGGCCGCACGUUUGCAAAACUACAGGGUGCCACUCAGGGAGCCCACCCCAGGCCUCCCCAGCAGAACAAAGAUCGGAAAGUUCCAGAAAACAAAGCAGGACAGGAAAGCACAGUGGUUGGUGCUUCCUCCCUUCCAGCACAGGGCAGAAAGGAAGAAGAAAUCAAAACGGCCACUGCCACACUGAUGUUACAGAACCGGGCUGUGGCCACCUCACCUGAUUCUGGUGCCAAGAAAAUUUCUGUGAAGACAUUUCCUUCCAGCUCAAGUACCCAGGCCACACCCGAUCUCUUGAAGGGUCAGCAGGAGCUUACUCAACAAACCAACGAGGAGACGGCCAAGCAGAUCCUUUAUAAUUACCUCAAAGAAGGAAGCACCGACAACGAGGACACCACUAAGAGGAAAGUUAACCUGGUCUUCGAGAAGAUCCAGACCUUGAAGUCCCGCGCGGCAGGGAGCGCUCAAGGGAACAGUCAAGCUUCUAACUCUUCGCCUGAUGUCAAGGCUCUGUUGGAACAGAAGGACAAGCUGGCCUUGGAGGUGGCGGAACUUCAGAGGCAGCUGCAGCUUGAGGGAAAGAAUCAUCAGAACAUCAAAGAAGAGAGAGACCGACUGAGAGGGACCUUAGAGGAGCUGCAGGGCCAGCACGACAGGAGAGCGGACGAGAACACGGCCCUGCGGCGGCGGCUCGAGGACAGUGAAGCUGAGCUGCGGAAGAACCUGGAGGAACUCUUCCAGGUGAAGAUGGAGCGGGAGCAGCAUCAGACCGAGAUCCGGGAUCUGCAGGACCAGCUCUCAGAGAUGCACGAUGAGCUGGACAGCGCCAAGCGAUCCGAGGAUAGGGAGAAGGCAGCUCUGAUCGAGGAGCUCCUCCAGGCGAAACGGGACCUGCAGGAGCUGCUGAUCGCCAAGGAGGAGCUGGAGGACCUGCUGCGGAAGCGCGAGCGCGAGCUGACGGCGCUCAAGGGCGCCCUGAAGGAGGAGGUCUCGGGCCACGACCGGGAGAUGGACAAGCUGAAGGAGCAGUACGACGCCGAGCUGCGCGCCCUCCGGGACAGCGUGGAGGAAGCAACCAGGAAUGUGGAGGUCCUGGCCAGCCGGAACAGUGCCUCGGAGCAGAACCAAGCACAGGAUGACAUGCGCGAGAAGGUUCUGAAAGAGGAGAACGAGAAGCUGCAAGAAAGGCUUGCCGAGCUGGAGCGCAGGGCCGCCCAGCUGCACAGGCAGGUCGAGGACAUGAGAGAAGAUGAGGCUCAGACAAAGGAGACGCUCCGGAAGUACGAGGGUGAAGUACGGCAACUAGAGGAAACCCUCACGUGUGCCAGAAAGGAAGAAAGAGAAGCCACGUCUGCCCGAAGGGCCCUGGAGAGAGAGCUGGAGCGUGCCCAGAGAGAGCUCAGCCAGACAUCCCAGGAGCAGCAGCAGCUGUCAGAGAAGCUGCGGGAUGAGAGCGAGCAGAAGGAACAGCUGAGAAAGCUGAAGAACGAGAUGGAGAACGAGCGGUGGCACCUGGACAAGACCAUUGAGAAGCUGCAGAAAGAGAUGGCCGACAUCGUUGAGGCCUCCCGCACCUCCACCCUGGAGCUGCAGAACCAGCUGGAUGAGUACAAGGAAAACAACCGCAGGGAGCUCACAGAGGUGCAGAGGCAGCUGAAGGGGAAAAGUCUGGAGGCAGAGGAGUCGCGACUGGCGGCCAUGAAAAUGCAGGAUGAGAUGCGCCGGAUGGAGGAAGAGCUGCGGGACUACCAGCGGGCGCAGGAUGAGGCGCUCGCCAAAAGGCAGCUUCUGGAGCGGACGCUGAAGGAUCUGGAGUAUGAGCUCGAGGCCAAGAGUCACCUCAAAGAUGACCGCAGCCGACUAGUGAAGCAGAUGGAGGACAAGGUGUCUCAACUGGAGAUCGAACUGGAGGAAGAAAGGAACAACUCGGAUUUGCUGUCAGAGAGGAUUGCUCGGAGCAGGGAGCAGAUGGAGCAGAUGAGGAGCGAGCUCCUUCAGGAGAGAGCUGUGAAGCAAGACCUGGAGUGUGACAAGAUCUCCCUGGAGAGACAGAACAAGGACUUAAGGAGUCGGAUCAUCCACCUGGAAGGUUCUUACAGGUCCAGCAAAGAGGGCCUGGUGGUGCAGAUGGAGGCCAGGAUCGCAGAGCUUGAGGACCGGCUGGAGAACGAGGAGAGGGACCGAGCCACCCUUCAGCUCAACAACCGCAGGCUGGAGCGGAAGGUCAAGGAGCUGGUGAUGCAAGUGGAUGAUGAGCACCUGUCACUGACUGACCAGAAGGACCAGCUGAGCUUACGUCUGAAAGCCAUGAAGAGGCAGGUGGAGGAGGCCGAGGAGGAAAUCGACAGACUGGAAAGUUCUAAGAAGAAGCUGCAGCGGGAGCUGGAGGAGCAGAUGGAUGUGAACGAGCAGCUGCAGGGACAGCUCAACUCGAUGAAGAAGGACCUGAGGCUUAAGAAGUUCCCCAGUAAAGUGCUGGAUGACAUGGAUGACGACACGGACCUCAGCACGGACGGGGGCAGCCUCUACGAGGCACCGCUGAGCUACAGCUUCGCAAAGGACAGCACCGUCACCAGCCAGGUCUGAGUCCACUCCUGCGUCUGCGUUCGCACUCCGCCAUCACCCAAAGCAAGAGGCGACAAAGAAUGUGUGGACUCGAGACCCACGGCCACCACCUCGUGGGCCUCUCCAGGGUUGCAUGGCCCAGAGAGCUGCUGCAGUUAAAUGAGCAACGGACAUCACCUCCUACUGAUGCAUGUUGGGAAAUGCCAUUUGGUAGGAUGAAGCCUGUCUGUGGUCGCCUCUUGCAUCGCUGCCCCUCCUUCCCCCAGACAAGAGAAAGGCUCCCAAAUUCUCACCUAGUAGCCACUGUGCAGGGAGGGCACGAUAUAUAUAGAUAGGCUGUACAUAUUUUAAACCAGACCUUCUCACAAGACUGCUGCUGUUCCAUUUUGGAAUGUUCCAGAAUCUUCAUAAAGUUCGCACAUCUAUACUGAGUCUUCCUUUUAAGAAAUACCAGAUUUUAAGUAUUAAAAAGCAGAGGCAGAGUAAAGACCGCUCUGGAAAAAUCAGACUUGGGACAAAGGAAUGGUCGCCAUGAUAAAAUGAGUGCUGGAGAACCAGCUUGCUGGCAGUCACAUUUACGGACAGGCUGCGUCGGCCGCCUUGGUUGCUUAUUUUACCUAGGAUUAUUUCUGAACUAUGCAAAGACUAGUUCCCACUUAAUUGAUUUCUUUUACAUAGGUGGAGUGGGGAGACUGGUAGUGUCUGGAAUGGGGUGUGGGGAGAGGGGCUAAGC